CUGGCCCGAUGGGCACGUGAUGAGUCUCUUCCAACGUUGAUUCGCAUAUUCAUAAGCUCAUAAGAUAAUUCCUCUCCCUCCAUUGACAUCUCUCUCUCUCUCACAUCUCCGGCGACGGCCCGACGGGUCUCUCUCUCCUUACAAAUCCCGAAAUCUCCUCCCGCCUCUCUCUCUCUCUGCACGACCCACCGUCCGUCUUCUUCCUUGUCCUUUUUAUCUUCUCUUCCAAGAUAGUCCACCCACAACGUCAGAACUAUGCUUCGCCUCUGCCUCCAACGCGGCCGCCGUCUCCGGCUCCCCAUCUCUCGCUCGCUCUCCUCCUCUCCCUCCUCCAAAAUCCCCGCCGGGACGGACCACCACCAUGCGCCACCGCCUAUCCUCCACCACACCGCUACGUCGUCUCUCUCCCCUGACCCCGCCGCUUCCGCCACAUCCCUCUCGCGCGGCUCUGCCAUCACCCUCUCCGCCACCCUCCUCGCUGCCAUAAUAGCGUCCUCCGUGGCCCUCUACAACUCCGAGGAUGAAUCCGGUCGCCCUGACGCUAACCCUCUCUACAAUGCCGUUGAGACCGCGGUCCACAAAUCAAACGACUCCCUGAAGAGAAUCUAUCACCACUUCAGACAGACCGGUGUGGCAGCUUCCGUCCUCUGGCAGUCUCUGAGGUCGGUGCUCUCCUCGGCCAACCAUGAGUUCCGCACAGGUUUCGAGCUCAGGGUCGCUGCCCUCCUCGCCGACAUCGCCGCAGCCAGCCCCAGCCGGAGGACUGCCAUCGUCGGCGCGGGUGGCGGGGCUGUCGUUGAUUGGCUGCUGGACACGGUGGCAACUCCGCGCGAUGGGUGUGGCACCCAGGCAGAGUCGGCAAGGGCCCUGGCGUACCUAAUCGCCGACCCCAAUGUGUGCGAGACCGUUCUUGGGAGGCCUCAUGCCGUGCCCAAUUUGCUGAGGUUCAUUUUUUCUUGCCAGCCUCAGCGAUCAAAGAAGCACACGAGACGUAGUUCAUUCGAUAUUUCUGAUUCUUUGAAAGGUAGGAGCAUGCUUGUCGCUGCCAUAAUGGAAAUUGUUACGUCUAACUGUGACGGUAUGGACCAAGCAUUAUUUAAGCACGUAUUGCCCAAAAAUGCUGAAACGAGAGAUAUAGCUGCGGCUAUUCAAGUUAUUGAGGAAGGUGGAUUGUACAUGGAUGAAACCCCAGAGGAUGAAGAUGAUGAAAAUGGGGGCAGUGGUAUGAAGGGAAUUGGAAUCAAGAUACUUGAGGGCACUACUGUUCUAGGACUUGCAAGGACUAAUGACUCAGGGGACUUGGGUCAUUCAGAUGCUUCCAAUACAAAAAUGUUAAGACAUGCCCCCCGAAGAUUAUUGCUUCAAAAUAGUUACGAUAGCUCAUCAACACAAGCUAGCUUGUCAUCUGCUGUUAUUCCGGGUCUCUGGGAUGAUCUGCAUUGCGAACAUGUUGCUGUCCCUUUUGCUGCAUGGGCAUUGGCAAACUGGGCAAUGGCAUCUCAGGAGAAUAGGUCACGCAUUCAGGAUCUGGAUCAAGAUGGGAAUGCCAUCAUGACUGCUCUGGUUGCGCCUGAGAGGUCUGUCAAAUGGCAUGGGAGUCUGGUAGCUCGUUUGCUAUUGGAGGACCGUAACUUGCCUUUAAAUGAUUCUGUUCCAGAUUGGAGUUCGAGCCUCCUGUCAACUAUCUCUCAUGCAACUAAAAAUGAAGACAUCCCUUUGGCUCAGGUUGCUUUAUCUGCAUUUCUGGUUUCUCUUGAGAGAAGCACUAAGGCGCGGAAGAUUGUGAUGGACAAAGGUCUGCAUCUUUUGAGGGAUACUGCUAAGAGCACAACAAAGCACAAACAGGUUCAAGAAGUGUUGGCAAAGGCACUUCAGUUAGUAUGUACAGGUGAUAUGCAAUUAUCUCUUGAACAGAGUCAAAGAUGGUCGGGGAUAUUGCUUCAAUGGGCUUGUGGAAGCACUUCGUCUGAUACAGUGAGAUCUUCGGCCAUAACAAUUCUCUCACAUAUCCUUGAAAGCCAUGGACCGUCUUCUGUGCUAAUCUCUCAAGCAUGGUUAGCUAUCCUACUCGCAGAAAUUGUGGGUUCCAGCAAGCUCUCAGCCAAAGGAAGUGCUCAGCAGAAAAGCGACAAAGUAAAGACUCAAGUCGAUCAAUUGAACAUGCUUUCAGCUGGACAAAUUGCUAAUCAGUUGGCUGGUGCUGUUGUCAGUCUCGCUGGCAACCAACUGGGGAUGAGUGCAGAGACCAUUGAUACGUCUCCUUUGGCUGAUCUCCUAUCUCUUGAGCCCUUUGUUGUACUUUAUAAGAACCAAAAGAAAAACAGUUUGCCCAAAAUUGAUGCUGCGGAUUCUGCAGUGGUAACACUUAAAGGGAUUAAAGCAUUGGCCGACUUAUGUGCCGAGGAUACUUCCUCUCAAGAAAAAAUAUCUGAGUCCGGCAUCUUGUGUUUGCUGAGGCGCUUUUUGUUGUGUGAUGAUUAUGAGAAACUGGCAGCUAUUGAAGCAUAUGAUGCGUCAAGGGUGCUUGAAGCGCAAGAGAAGGCUGAAAAUACUCCAUCAGAGUCACCUGCUCCAGAUCACAAAGACCAAUCUAGUGUUAGAGUCCCACCUACAGCACAUGUAAGGAGGCAUGCAGCUCGCCUCUUGACUAUCCUUUCCCUUGUCCCAAAAGUCAAGAAAGCCAUUGUAGAAGAUGAAACCUGGUGUAAAUGGCUUGAAGAUUGUUCUUGUGGGAAACUCCCAGGUUGCAAUGACCUUAAAUUACAGAGUUAUGCCAGGGCAACUCUGUUAAAUAUAUUCUGCAAUGAACAGAAUGGUGGAGACUCGAGUUCUGGCGAAGCAAUUGCAAAUGGAGAAUGCCCUCGAUAUAAUGAUGUGAUCUUCUUAAUAAAUCCAGAAUUACCUCGUUGGAGAUGCAAUCAAGGCGAGAAAUCAUCCCCAAGUAAGACUAGCUCUGAGGGUAUCUCUGCAGGGACAGAUUCAAAUGGGAAGACCUUGUCUAGUAAGUCUCAACAGAGCUCGGAACUGCAGGCUCCUCCUUUGGAUGUUGUUUUUGUUCAUGGCUUGCGAGGUGGCCCUUAUAAGACGUGGCGCAUAGCAGAGGACAAAUCUUCAACAAAGAGUGGCUUAGUUGAGAAAAUUGAUCAGGAAGCAGGGAAACAAGGGACUUUCUGGCCAGGUGAAUGGCUUUCGAUUGAUUUCCCUGAGGCGCGUCUGUUUACUCUCAAGUAUAAGACAAAUCUCACACAAUGGUCUGGUGCUAGUCUGCCUCUUCAGGAAGUGAGCUCCAUGCUAUUGCAGAAGCUUGUUACUGCUGGCAUUGGGAAUCGGCCUGUUGUGUUUGUGACUCACAGCCUGGGAGGUCUGGUUGUGAAGCAGCUUCUCCACAAAGCAAAAUUAGAGAAUAUUGAUAAUCUCGUGAAGAACACUAUUGGAAUUGUGUUCUACAGCUGCCCACACUUUGGAAGCAAACUUGCAGAUGUGCCCUGGCGUAUGGGUCUUGUGUUACGCCCAGCCCCAACGAUAGGUGAGCUUAGAAGUGGGUCUCUGAGAUUGGUGGAGCUGAACGACUUCAUCCGCAACCUUCACAGAAAGGGGAUGCUUGAUGUACUUAGCUUCUGUGAGACGAAAGUAACUCCAAUAGUUGAAGGUUAUGGUGGUUGGGCCUUCCGAAUGGAAAUCGUGCCAAUUGAGUCUGCAUAUCCUGGAUUUGGUGAACUAGUGGUGUUGGAAUCGACAGAUCACAUAAAUUCAUGCAAACCCCUCAGCCGCACUGAUCCUUCAUAUACGGAGAUCUUGGAAUUCUUAAGAAAGCUAAAAGCCCAACGCACGUAGAUGUCUAUAUUCGCAUAACAUCUGGAGAAUCAAAAAUUGAUUUGCUGCAGAGAGCCAUUUGCGACAGAGGAGCAAGACGCAAGCAGGCUAGACAGCAGUCUGUAGAUCGAUAUACAGAACUCACAGAUUCUUUGGUGGAGACCAAGCCGCCACCGUCAUUAACUUGUACAGCACAUGGUAGGUACCUCAGGAGCAUUUGCAGGGAAGCAAUUAGGGUAUUAACUGGUCUUCCCUAUAGAAGUAAUACGACCGUUCGUCAUCUGUCUCGUACCGUUUAGCUUCUCCAUCUCUGUACAUACUAAUGUUGUAAUCUUGUCUAGGUUCUUUGUUGUUCCCUUGCUAGUUUACCAACACAUUUCGCAUAUGAUAAUUGCAAUGGAGAAGUUGUAUAAAAUGUUUCGAGCUUCCUUCUUUCGGUGAAA